GUCGAUUCCCGUCCAACAGCAGCAGUUCAUUCAAGACCUUCGAAUUGAGUGGAUUCGCAGCCAGCUUUGCGACUAGUUUGUCGAGACCGUGUCGUCGGAUUCGCAUUGUUGUACGUGGUUCGUUUUUUUCGUGCGUGUUUCGUACUCGCGGAAAAUCGAUUUUUUCACCCGGAAGAAAAGUGUUUUGAGGUCGUAAGAUCUACUAGGCGGUGCAUGUGCACAGUGAUGGAAUAGUGGUGUGACCAGCUGAAAAAGAUCACUUCUUAAUUCUGGCCUAGGCCCAACACACGAAUACACUUUUGCUCGUGGCGAAUCAACUAGCUCCAAUUGAAGAAAAAAAAACCUCUCCUCAAGUAGGAAGUCAGUGCUGCUGAAUAAUUGAUCGUCAAUCAAGAAGUUAAUCAAAAAAAGUGUGAAAAAAUGGCGUUCCUGUCCGUACGGCUGGCGGCGCAGUCCGCGUCCUCGACCGGACUCCGGAUGCUCGCGCUGACGUCGCUGGACCAGCAGGUCGGCUCGGUGGCCCGGUUCAGCGCGCUGGCCACCCCCCACCAGAACCCGUACGCGCUGCGGAACCAGAUUCUGUCCGGGGUCGGGCCGGUGUCCAACCAGCAUAUCAACAUGACGAUCCCGAGCCGCGGGAUCACGAUCCAGGAAAUCUCGCGCAACCUGCAGAUGUUCAACAAGGAGCGGCGGAAUGUCGAAAAGGACCCGAACACUUUCCAAAUGAAGGUCGGAUUCGACAAGCCGACGGUGCUGAUGUUCGCCUGGUUGAACGCCAAACAGAAGCAUUUGGCCAAGUACGCCAAACUGUACACGGACCAGGGCUUCGAGGUGAUUGUGGCCAACCUGACGCCGUGGCAGCUGCUGUGGCCCAUGAAGGGUAGCCAGCUGGUGGCGGCCGAGAUCGUGAAGCUACUGAAGAACAACGAGUUCAAGAACGGGCUCAUCUUUCACGGGUUCUCCGUGGGCGGAUAUUUGUGGGGCGAGUGCCUGGUGCGGAUUGCGCGGGAUCUCCCCAACCAUCAGAUCAUCCUGGAUCGCGUCAAGGGCCAGGUGUGGGACAGCGGGGCCGACAUUACGGAGAUCCCAGAGGGAGUCCCGAGGGCGCUGUUUCCAAAGAAUCCCACGCUGCAGGGUGCUCUGCGCAAGUACAUGCUCUACCACAUGAAAGCAUUUCACGAGCCUGCGACGUCGCACUACAUCCGGUCCAGCCAGAUGUUCCACACGAACUUGCUGAGAUGUCCGGCGUUGUUCCUGGUGUCCAAAACGGAUCCCGUGGGCACAGAGCUGGCCAACGGACGCGUCCGGGACAGCUGGGAGAGCAGUGGAGUCAAGUGUACCUUCCAUUGCUGGGACCGUUCGCCGCACGUGGGCCACUUCCAGAAGCACACCGCCGAGUACACUGAGCUGCUGUUUGCCCAUCUGCGGCCGCUCGAGAUCGGUGGCUUCGGGCAGAACCAAAAAGAGGCCCAGCUGCGGGCCAAGCUGUAACGCGCGCCGCACUAGUUUAGUACUGUGAUACUUAAGUCAAACAAAAGAUGAAAAAAGAAAAAAAAAAGAUGGAGGAAAAGAAACGAAUUUGUGUAAAAACUAAAUUCCAGUGAAUAAAGAAAAAUAAGUUGUUUUGGCAGCAAUAAUAAAUUUUAAAAUUGAAGAAAACUUGAUUGGAAAAUUAAUGGAAUGUUUGGUGCAACCCUCAAUGUUCACAGAUGAAACUUGGACUUUUUUUAAAGGAUAGUUCUUUAGUUGACACUAAUAUGCUAAAAAUUGUAUGAAACACAUGGAUAUUAGGGGAAAUAAACAGGAAAAUUUA